CACAACUCACGUCUUUUCCGAUAGAUGUAGUGGCGAGUGUCGACGCGUGUUCUUUCGGCCGUUCGCUUUACGAUGGUGGACACAAAGGCUCAGACUCCAGAGAAAAAGGCUGCAGCUGCAGCUGCACCAGCUGCAGCUCCACCAGCUGCAGGCAAGGAAGGUGCGAAGAAAGAAGGUGCAAAGGCCAAAGGAAAGCCUGCCAGGGGAAAACCGAGGAAUUAUGACUUAGGCAAUGGUGUCUAUAGAUUCAGUCGUACUCGCAUGUACCACAAAAAGGCUAUCUACAAAUUCCUUAAGAAGAAAACUCCCAAAAAAGUUAAACCGAAGAAGCCAUUGACCAUCGAAAAGCAGAUCGGCGGUGACAAGAACGGAGAGAAGCGUAUCGUCCUUUUGAAGAAGAGACGCGCAAACUAUCCUACCGCUGAUCGCGUAACUGUGCAUCAUUCGAAGAAGUGUUUCCACGAACAUCGUCGUUACCUGAGACCUUCUCUAAGACCGGGAACAAUCUGCAUCCUGUUGGCUGGUCCUCAUAAGGGAAAGAGAGUAGUUCUUCUGAAACAACUGAAGAGCGGUUUGCUUUUGAUUACUGGGCCAUUCCUGAUCAAUGGAUGUCCUUUGAGGCGAGUCAGUCAAAAUUACGUAAUCGCCACCUCCACGAAAUUGAGUGUCUCUGGUAUCAAAUUGCCUGGACACCUCAAUGAUGACUACUUCAAGAGGAAACGCGAUAAGCGUGCCAAGAAGGAGGAAGGUGAUAUCUUCAGCAAAAAGAAGGAAGAAUACAAACCGAGCGAUCAGAGGAAGACUGAUCAGAAAUUAAUUGAUAAAAUGGUGAUCGAUGCUAUUAAGAAGCAUAAAGAUAAAAAGAUGCUGUUCACGUAUCUGUCGGCAAUGUUUGGACUACGAAGCAGUCAGUAUCCACACAGAAUGAAAUUUUAAUUCUUUGUCGUGCUUAUGAUUCGAAAUUUUCAAAGAAAUAAAUAUAAAACUAUAAA